AAGUUCUUUCUGUCUCUGUGUGUGUGUGUGUCUCUCUAUUUUUUUUUUUUUAGGACAGGAUCUCUGCAGCCCUGGCUAUUCUAGAAUUCACUCCUUGGAUCAGGCUGCCCUCAAACUCAGAGAUCUGCCUGUAACUGUGCUGUGUCCCGCCCCUCCCCAACACACACACAUACAUACAUACACACACACAUACACACACACCCAACACACACAUGCACACACACACGCGCACACGCACACACACACACACCCCAGUGCUGGGUUAAAGGCAUGUGUCACUGCUACCCAGACCAAGUUUUUUUUGUCCUCACUUUCUUUGGGUGUUGAUGAACAACGCCUGGGGCAAGAUUUAUUUAUUUAUUUAUUUAUUUGAGUUAGGGUUUCUCUGUGUAGCCCUGGCUGUCCUGGAACUCACUCUGUAGACCAGGCUGGUCUUGAACUCAGAAAUCCACCUGCCUCUGCCUCUGCCUCCCAGAGUGCUGGGAUUACAGGCCUGCGCCACCACCGCCCGGCUUCACAUUUUCUAACAAUGGGUAACAAUGGGUUAAAACCUUGGGAGCCUGAGGGAGAUGGCCAAGGAUCAAGAUGGAUGCUCUUGGGACAGGGCUUGCAAGUGGAGAUGGGAGUUUCCCAGAGCAGCCACAGGCAGAAUCCCAAACAGACCAGGUGGGUCACCAAUGAGUGCGGAAGGGACCCUGGUGCUCAGGGCCAACCUUGAGGAAGGAAGGUUUCUAGGGUUACAAAGGGGAAGCUCUUCCUGAGCCUUUGGUGUUGAUGCAAUCACCUCUGCAUGGGGUCAGGAACCAGGAUAUCCUGGCUUCCUGUCACCAAGUCACCAAGGUGGCUCCCCAUGGAAUUCCUUAGAUGUCACUGCCUGGGAAGUUCCCGUGACUGAAGGAGACACGCCAGAGAGCACCCUGCAUGCUCCAGGGGGGAGUGGGGGGAGGGAGCUACGAGGCUGAGAUGCCAGUCUGGAGGGUGCUAGCUGGCCCAGGCGUCCUGCCUCUGCCUGUAAUUACCAAGCUUCCCCACGCGGGGUUUGCCCCCAUUUUGUGGCUUCCAAUAACUAUCACGGAUGAAAGGUGGCCUUCCCCGUGAUUAUAAACAUAACAGGUGGGUUAUGAUUCCUGCAGGGUGUGGAUGGAGGAGGUGUGAAAACAAGGGUGGAGCCUUCUGGGGUCUGGGUCACUGAUAGGGAGAUGGGGCUGCCAGGGUGGAGAGGGAGGGAGGGGGGAUGCCCCCCUGGGGGACCGAGGAGAGGGAUGCUUACAGAGGGAUGCUUAUGGACAGGUUCUUUGUAAACUGGUUUGACCAGUUAGGCUCUGAUAGGGAUUCCUCAGGGCACUGAUCUGGUCCCUCCCCACAGACUGGCCACCUCCUCUACCUGCUCUGCUGCUAUAAAGCCUCUUGAGUUCCCAAGCACCUAGACUCGAGCACCCCGCCUUGGGGGCCAGUAGACAGCCAUGAUGCUCAACUGGAAGCUGCUAGGCCUGCUGAUCCUUUGCCUGUGUGCAGGAGGCAUUUCAGGCAAUGGGGACCCCUCUCCCAGGUCCACAGACACCCAAGAAGAGGAGGACUCCCCACCAUUGCCUCUGGGACCCCCAAUCCCUGGUGAUCCCUGGCCAGGGGCGCCUCCUGUGUUUGAUGAACCUCCACCUCCAGGCUCCAACCGUCCCUGGAGAGAUCUUCCUGACACUGGUGCCUGGCCCCCAAAGCCCCCGAGCACUGAUCCCCCUAAACCUCCUCUGCCUGAUGACCCCUGGCCCGCAGGAACCCAGCCCCCAGAAAAUCCCUGGCCUCCAGCCCCUGAGAUGGACAGCGAAUCUCAGGAGGAGCCAGACCUUGAUCCACCCCAAGAAGAGUAUAGAUAGGGGACCCCAGGGAACUUGAGCCUCCACAGAGCACACCCAAACCCACUUCUUUCUUCUGCUGCCCACUUAGAAUCUCAAUUUUCCCUAACUCCUUAGUUUCCUUCCUAAGUCUCUGGUUGGAUUGUGUUCUAUGUUGGAAGUAUCUAUGUUCUGUGGCCCCCCUCCCUCCACCUUGAGGUCCGUGUUCAGCCCCCACAUUGUCCCUCUGCUUCCCACGAUCAGCAGAAAGCACACUCCUACCUCACACAGCCUGUUCUUGCUGGUCUAGACCUGGACUUCUAGGGAGAGCCUGAGCUCUGUGCUCUCUGCUGCCACCUGGUGUCCUUAUCUGGGAAUUGACAUUCGACCAGGAUGGUGCUUCAAUGAAAAAAUAAAAGCCGUGUUUUUCUUCUGAA